AGUGUAGGCGUCUAGUGUGACCAGGUAUUCCUUACCCUGGUUCCCACGUUUUGUUUUUGUUGAGAUCAUUUAAAUACAUUUAAUUUAAAGUUAAAAUGUCUAUUAAUGCGACUAUUGGACUGGCUCUGGAUCGUGUAGACUGGAAUGAUCUUGCAGAACAUCAGGAUCGGCUGCCGCGCAUUUACACGCCCGGUGAGAUUCUUAUGCCGGAAGCUGGUUACAUGCGGGGACACGGCACAUUUGUGGAGGAGGAGAAUAUUAAGGCUUCAGUCGCCGGUGUUAUAGAAAAAGUAAACAAAUUGAUUUCGGUCCGCCCUCUCAAGAGUCGUUAUGUGGGUGAGAUUGGCGAUGUAGUGGUGGCACGUGUCAUAGACGUGCAACAGAAACGAUGGCGGGUGGACACAAAUUCUCGCUUGGAUUCGGUACUGCUUCUUUCAUCGGUUAAUUUACCAGGUGGAGAGCUCCGACGUCGCUCGGCCGAGGAUGAGCAAAUGAUGAGACGUUAUUUGGAUGAGGGGGAUUUAAUCUCCGCAGAAGUGCAGAAUAUAUUUGAAGAAGGCACUCUUUCGCUUUACACGCGCAGUUUGAAGUAUGGAAAACUUUCGCAGGGCAUUCUGGUCAAAGUUUUCCCCGCCUUGGUCAAGCGGCGAAAAAUGCAUUUCCAUAAUCUUCCCUGUGGAGCGUCAAUCAUCCUGGGUAACAAUGGUUAUAUUUGGAUUGCACCCACAAAGGCUGAGAAUCAGGAAGGCGGCGAGGGAGGCUUUGCCCAGAAUCUUAGCGAAGUAGUUCCACGUCCCGAACGUGAAGUGAUUGCCCGGCUGCGCAACUGCAUCCUGGCACUGGCUAAAUGUAAACUUAUGCUCUAUGAUACAAGUAUUCAGUAUGCAUUCGACGAGUCUCUGAAAUACGAAGCCUACGAAUUGCUUCAGCAAAAUGUUAUCCAUGAUAUAGGCGAACAGACGCAGGCACGUCUGAGAGAUGCUGGCGAACAAAGUUAAUAAAUAUUCUUGAAAGAAAACCUGAUUGUACAUAAGUGACCCAGUAUCCUUCAAAUAGAUUAUGCAUUUGUAUAUAUAUUGUACAGGUGUAAAAUGAAGUUUUCCUGUGAAUUUACAGGGAAUGGUUUUUAAAAGAUAAAAAAACUAAAAGAUUGAAACAAUA